GCCCCCUCUUGCCCCCUUCUGUGGACGCCCAUGGUGGUUCCCAAACUAUGGGAUUGGUUCCCCUUUAGUUGUGAGGUUCUGAGCAGUGACGGAGGACACAGACUUAAAAUUAGGGGUAAUAUUAAGGGAGAAUGCUUAUUUAGUCUCUUACAUGCACAUAAAAUUCCAACCUGAAUGAUUUGGGAUAAUCUGUAAACAUCUGUGCUAGCCAUCUGUUAACUUGUUAGGCCCAAACCAAAGGUUCAACCUUCAAUGGGGGAAGUUGGGAUUGAACUAAAAAAAAAAAUUGUACUAUUAUACAGCAAGUAACCGCUUUGCUAAAAGAUCAUCUUUUACUGCUUGGUGAACGAACAUUUUUGGAACUCCCAUUAGCAACACUGGAUACAAACAGAAAACACAAAAAUGGUCCAAACAUGUAAUUUUAUUAAACAAAUUUUACGCAGCGCUCUAAUACAAAGCACUGUAGGGGAAAACAUUCAGGAAGUGGUUCUCCUUCCUCUCUCGCUGUGAGCGUUUCUUAGCAACCAGGAACGCUAGGUCAUUGGAUACUUUCACCGGACGUUUGAGAAGAAGCAAGUGUAGCGUAGGGCAAGCAGAGGGGCAUACUGAGCUCUUCCUACCGAGUCCUGUUACCGUGGCAACGUACCGAGCGAAGAGGCCAGUAAUUGUGCCCAGUACAAGCACAUGUGGGACUGGAAGUUGCUGCAUUAAAUAAAUGGCUGAGAGCAAGUUAAAGGCGCAGCAAGUCGGUCAUUGGGAGGAAAGAAGGGGGCUGGGGAGAGGAGAAUGGCACAAAACUGCCCACUCUGCUGUGCUAUCCAUGAUUCCCCAAGCUACUCCUUAUGUUGUGAUGCAACAGGAAUCAGAUCCCGACACUGAUCUUUACAAUCAUUUCUUGCUAAGGACGAGUACUUGCUGGAAUUCGGUAGCCAGGUCAGAAGCUGCCCUUCGAGCAAUACUAAGAGGCUCGGCAAGCAAAAGGACACCCCCUCAAAAGGCACAUGGACCAAGUUCAAGCUUAUCUCAGACAUUUGCAUUUAAUGCUGUAAAGGAUUCUGAUGAUGUUUCAAAUGAAUCUUUAAGAGAAGCAAUGGCCAGAAAGUUCAUGUUCACUUCAAGCACACAAAGUGCCUAUGAAGAAGUACCUUGGGACAGUAAGUUACCGGCAAAGCUUUCUCCUCCUGAAUCUGCAGUAAAAAUGAAGUCCAGGUCUGCCUCGGCAAGCUUUACACCCAUGAAAUCUGAGUUUCACCCAGAGCCUUGGCAAGUAAAUGGGAGACUAUGGGACAGAUUCCAAACAAGGAGGACCUAUACAGGAACUAGACCAAAUACCUUUAUGUCAAGAUUCCCCCGUAUGGACCAAAUUCCUAACUACACAGGCUGUACAGGCUCUCGAAAUUCAGAAGAUAUUGACAAUCCCAGUGCUGAGUAUACUCCUUUUACCAAAGUUCGAACGCAACAACCUCAUUACUACAAAAGUGCAUAUUUUGUGAAAAAGUCCGGCAAUGGCGAAACAUGGAAACUCUUGUGGAUACGUGCCUGCUGAAAAUUUCACUCAUCGCUAUAUCUGAACUUAAUGGAAAGUACUUUCUUUUCUCUUAACCCAUAUUUAGCCCAAAUGAAUACUGGUGAAAAAAUAACAAGAAUGUAGGGAUUAAAACCUUAUAGCAGGCUAGAUAACAAGUCAAAUGUGAUGGUCAGUUCCCACAAUUACUUCACAUUUUGUUUUAGAAGAUAGUCCUGACUGGUGAAGCCAGUUAUUCAGUUUAGAAGUUAGGUACUAGUGCUAAAAUUAUGUGCAGAUGAUCUCAUUCAGUGAAAUGUUUUGAAAAAGGAUUAUGUAAGUAUGGAUUAUUCGAUAAUCUAUUAGUGGUGAAAUAAUCCUGUUGGGUUUAUUUAAAUGUAUUAAAUGUUAUUUAUUAAACUUAGGUUUAGUUAUCCAAACUACAGAUAAAACCCUUAUCUGCAGGGUCGGACUGGGCCGCGUUCAAUUUAUAUGCGCU